AUUAACUUAACCAGGCUUGGAUUAGGCUCCAGCUAGUGCAGAGGCAAGUCUAAAAGUGAGAGGAAAUAUUGUAUCUAGAUGUAAAACUUGAAGAGGGACAAAGGGAGACAAAAUAUAUGGAUACCUCUGGGAUAUGCCUGGACUCGUGGGACUGACACUCUUCCGUCACAAAACGUGUUUGAUCCCACCCGGCCAAGACUUAGUUUCCUAUCUCCUCCACCGACAGGGACUUCUGACACAGACUCCCCGCUCCAGCGCCGGGCGGACGUGGGGCUUGCGCUGGUUCGGAGCAGGGCCGCUGCCGACUCGUAAUGUCAUGGUUUUGAUCUUUUGUUUCACAGGCCGUGCAAAAAUGUAUCGACUCUCUUAUGGAGGAUUUCCUCAACGUGACAGACUUUUUCGCAGGAUACAGGGCCUUCGCUUCUCCUGGCAUGGUCCUAGAUGUGCUCCUCCGCAGGCAUGGAAACGUGGAUCCCUGGAACGGAGCAGGAGAUGCCAGGCAGGAUUUCUCAAACUUCAGAACAAUCCUCGGGAAUCCAGUCGCCUUUUUCUUGACCAUCUGGCUUCGUCUGACGCCGGAAGAUUUCCGAGAGCCACCAUACUACACAACAUUAAAUAAACUGCUUGCAUCCCUGCGAAUGAACAUGCCUGGCUCCAAGCUAUUAAAAGAUGCAGAGCACCUCCUGCAGCGGUUUCAGAGGGAAGAAGUAGAAAAUGAGAGUCUGUGA